AUGGGCCUUACUAUACGCGCCAGCCGAGCGCUCCCGCUCCCGCUCCAUUCUCGGUCCGCGACAAUACCGCUGCUCGCAAGGCCUGUGCCCAGGGCCCGUGGGUUGCCGGCCACCGCCUGUCCGGCAUUCUUCAGCUCGAGAUCAGCCGCUAGAGCAUCAAUUACACCACGCUCGUCCAGUUUCAACGCAGUAGUAAUAUCACCACAAAUACGAGCUAGACCCCGUUGUCACCUCAUUCCCGCUUCACGAUACGCAGCCCUUUAUUCCACCUCCGCGCCCUCGUCAAGCGGUAAUAAGUUCGUCUACAACAUCGCAGCAUCCUACAUCGCCAAAGGCCGUGCCUACGACCCCUCAACACACGUGUUUCACUUCAAUCCCUAUAACCGCGUACAACCGCUCAAAUCCGGCCGGGGGAAAACCUCACGGCCCGAGUCAGGGCAGGAUGCCUUCUUCGUCAGCCGGCUCGGCGCCGUUCCCGGCGAGGUCGCGCUCGGCGUAGCGGACGGCGUGGGCGGGUGGAUGGACAGCGGGGUCGACCCGGCUGAUUUCUCGCAUGCUAUCUGCGACUACAUGGCGGCGACGGCCAGCGGCGCCACGGCCGCGACGGGCGGGACGGGAAAGCCUCUGACGGCCCGGCAGCUCAUGCAGAAGGGCUACGAGGCCGUCUGCCACGACCCGGCCAUCAAGGCCGGCGGCAGCACCGCCGUGGUGGGGCUGCUCACGGCCGACGGCACGCUCGAGGCGGCCAACCUGGGCGACAGCGGCUUCAUCAUCCUGCGGCUCAACGGCGUGCACGCUGCAAGCGAGCCACAGACGCACGCCUUCAACACGCCCUACCAGCUCAGUGUCGUGCCGCGGAGCAUGCUGCUGCGGGCGGCCGCGUUCGGCGGCGCCCAGCUCAUGGACCAGCCGCGCGACGCAGAGCUGACGCGCCACCGCCUGCGCCACGGCGACGUCGUCGUCUUUGCCAGCGACGGCCUCUGGGAUAACCUCUUCAACCAGGAUGUGCUGCGCAUUGUCAGCCGGACCAUGGCUCGGGCGAGCGCGUGGCAGAGCACAAGCAAAGGGGUGCAGGUGGCCCCGGAUUUGAGGCCGUACACGGGCGCGGGGCUACCAGGAGACGCGCCGAAGCAUACCGCCACCCUGCAGAGCAUGCUCGCGACGGAGCUUGUCGGCGCGGCAAAGGCUGCCAGCGUCAACAGCAGACUCGACGGGCCUUUCGCCAAGGAGGUGAAGAAGUAUUACCCCCACGAGGUUUGGCGCGGCGGGAAGGAGGACGAUAUCUGCGCCGUGGUGGUGCUGGUGUCUGAAGAAGAGGCGCCGGCGGUGAAGGCGAAGCUUUGA